CUCUAGUCACGGUUACGGUCCCCGGAAGUAGCGACAGAGUGACACCUCUCUCGCUUCUCUUCCUAUCUCUGCUGCCCCUAAUAGAGACGGUUGGACUUUCACAGGUUUAGAUGAUGAAAAUGAGCAGCGCCGACCAGCCCAAAGCCUCCGCCGCCCCCCACAUAGUGAAGGAAGAGCUCAUGGCCGCAGGAAAAUGGGUCCGGCUGGAUAAGACGACGUAUGUAGAUCCUGCUGGAAACACCAGGACGUGGGAGAGCGUGAAGAGGACGACGAGACAAACCAACACAGAGGCGGACGGUGUGGGGAUCAUCGCCCUGCUGAAGCGCACGCUGCAUAAAGACUGUGUGGUGAUGGUGAAGCAGUUUCGUCCUCCUCUGGGCUGCAGCACGCUGGAGUUUCCUGCAGGGCUGAUCGACGAGGGAGAAAGCCCCGAGGCGGCAGCGCUCAGAGAGCUGAAGGAGGAAACCGGAUACAAGGGCGAGGUGGUUGGAGUGACUCCAGUAACGUGUCUGGAUCCUGGUCUGUCCAACUGCACCACUCAGAUCAUUCUGGUCAACAUCAACGGAGAUGACAUGGAGAACAUCAACCCGACACAGCAGCUCGGUGAAGGAGAGUUUGUUGAAGUCGUUCUGUUACCGCUCGAUGAAUUCCAGGUGAAAAUAGACGAGCUGCUGAAGAAGGAGAAGAUCAUCGUCGACGCCAAGGUCUACAUCUUCGGCAUGGGCAUGGCGCAGGCGUUCUUCAAGCCCCGCGAGCUUCCCGUGCUCAAACAGUGAAGACGAGACGCCGAAUGUCCCGCCGGGCCUCAGACACACACACACACACACACACCUACAGAGCCCGCGGGAAGAGAGAAAGAAAGUCAGAAGUGUCCUACAAACUGGUUUUACUCCUCCGGUCGCCUCGUGUUGAUAUUUGCUGCUGUGAAGAGUCGCCUUCACCCACAGAGUGAUGUUACCGCCUGUCAGAUCAGUAUUUUUCCAAUCAAAUCAGCAAUUUAAAAUGUGGAAUUUAACAGAUAAGUGUGUAUGACCCCCUGGUUUCACCGCAUGAACUCGACCAACGUUUUUUUGUUUUUUUUUUUUUUUUUUUCUUGAAGAGUUGAGGUUCAGUAGGAAUCAUGCAUCAUUUCAUGGUGUAACUCCAGAGCUGAAGGAUCGCCGCGCACCUUAAGUCGCCUUUACGAGCAGGACGGAGCGUCAGUGUCAGGUCAUUUUGAGAUUACAAGGUCAUAACAUCAAACUGGAUGAUUUUUGAUUGUUUUUUUUUUGUUGUUUUUUUAGAAUAACUGUAAUUGUGAAACAUUCCUAACUUGUUCUAACAUAGUUUUUUUCUGCUAAAUUAAAGGGAAAAUCCUCCUCUGAAAACACUUUUAACACGGUUUUAAAGCCGCUAGUCGUAAAGAACGUCACUUUUCUGUAGUAAUAGUUAAAGGUCGUAAAUCACUGCCUUACAUCACUAACUUUAGUAAAUGACUGAAUGAAAUGACAAAGUGCGUAACGGUGUUAAAGGAGCCGAGGAGGAUUUUCCCCUUUGCGGUUACUGUAAAUCAAUACUGACGCAUGUACUUAUCCAGCAAAUAGAAAUAAUUCAAUUUUAAGAAAUAAACUUGUAAUUCCUUUUCUCUUU